UCCAAACACAGAGAAAAACUCCUCCAGAAUCGACUGAUCUCCACACUGUUAUAAAGAUGGCGUUUAUUAAAGAGGAGAGUGAAGAUGUGAAGAUUGAAGAAAAAUUCAGAGUCAAACCGGAAGAUCUGCAGAAACAAACAGACCUGAUAGUGCUGAAAGAAGAGACACAUCAAUGGAAUGAAUUGGAAGAUAAACAACAAGAAAUAACGACUGAUGAAAAACCCACACUGACUAAAAAGACUUCAUCACGUGGAAGACCUCGGAAAUCCAAGUCUAGGUGUAAUUUCAGCUGUAAACAGAGUAGAAAGAGUUUCUGUCAAAAGCCAAACCUUGAUGUUCACACUCGAAAGAAACCUUACACCUGCAAACAGUGUGGAAAAAGCUUCUAUAAUACAGGAAACUUGGCAGUGCACAGAAGAAUUCACACUGGAGAGAGGCCGUACACAUGCCAACAGUGUGGAAAAAGCUUCUAUUCUACAGGAAACUUGGCAGUGCACAGAAGAAUUCAUACUGGGGAGAGGCUCUAUUCUUGCCCUCAGUGUGGAAAAAGUUGUAAGCAAAAUGGCAACCUUGAAGCCCACAUGAGAACUCACACUGGAGAGAGAAGCUUUAUUUGCACACAGUGUGGGAAACGUUUUUCUCAAAAACAAAACCUUACCAUCCACAUGAGGAUUCACACUGGAGAGAAACCUUACACAUGCACAGAGUGUGGUAAAAGGUUCCCACAUAAAGGCUCACUCAAACACCACAUGAUAAGUCACACUGGAGAGAAGCCGUUUGCAUGUGCUCAUUGUGGAAGGAGCUUCACAACCAAAGCUAGCCUCAUGAAUCACAUGAAUGGUCACACUGGAACCACAGUGUUUACAUGUGAGCAGUGUGGAAAGAGUAUCACACGCAAAGACUCCAUUAAGCAACACAUGAAGACUCACUUAGGAGAGCGUUUUCGAUGCAGUGACUGUGGAAAGGGCUUUAAAUAUAAAAGAAGCCUCGUCAAUCACAUGAAGCUUCACAAUGGAGAGCAAAAAUAGGGAGGAGAAAAUGUUUGGGGAGAUGCAGAGAAAACUGUCCUACACCCUUAGAUUGUGUUUUUGAUCAUUCACAUUGUUUGAUUUUCACUCCCUCGAACAAACACCGAUUUGCCUCCAAUUUUGGCCUUUUGUCUGCAGUUUCACAAAACUUGGUGGUGAAUAAAAAUCCACCUAAACUCGGCCGGUGUGAACUUGCAAUGACAGUGAGAGACUGAUGCAGACUCCAUAAAGCCCUGUUCAGACUACACAAUGCCA